CACUUCCGGCCCAGUGAGUCAGUCUGUCAGGGCCGUGCUCUGGGUCGGUCGUGGGGCCCCGAGGAGGGAGCGGGUGGCGGCGGCGGCGGUGGCGGCAUCGUAGCCCCGGCGCCAGGGAGGGAGGAGGCGGACGGGGUUCGGCCCCGGCCUUCCUCGCGGGAUGCGGCGAUGUUCGUGCAGGAGGAGAAGAUCUUCGCGGCGAAGGUGCUGCGGCUCCGCAUCUGCGCCCUGGACGGCGCCGAGUGGCUGGAGGAGGUGCCCGAAGACACGGCCGUGGAGCGCCUCAAGGAGCGCUGCCUCAAGCACUGUGCACCUGGGAGUCUGGAGGACCCAAAAAGCAUAACUCACCACAAAAUGAUACAUGCUGCUUCAGAAAAGGUGCUGACUGACACGAAAACUGUCUUGGAGGAAAAUAUUCAAGACGGAGAUGUUUUGGUGCUGGUAAAGAAAAGAGCCCCCCCCGCACCUCUAAAAAUGACUGAUGUUUCUGCAGAGGAAAAACGGAAGCAGGAUCAGAAAGCCCCUGAUAAAGAGGCCAUUCUGAAAGCAACCACCAGCCUCCCCUCCCACAGCAUGGACCGCAGUGUGGCUCACCACAACAUGAGGGAUUUCCAGACGGAGCUUCGGAAGAUCUUGGUCUCCGUCAUAGAAGUUGCUCAGAAACUGCUAGCGUUAAACCCGGAUGCAGUUGAGCUCUUUAAGAAAGCAAAUGCCAUGUUAGACGAAGAUGAAGAUGAUCGGGUGGAUGAAAUUGCCUUGCGCCAGCUGACAGAAAUGGGCUUUCCAGAGAGCAGAGCCAUCAAAGCCCUUCGCUUAAACCACAUGUCUGUGACGCAGGCCAUGGAAUGGCUGAUUGAACAUGCGGAUGAUCCCUCCGUGGAUGCCCCCCUGCCAGGGCAGUUCUUGUUGGAAAAUGCAGCAGAGGCAGCCUCCACCCCCCGAGCGCUCGAUGGAGCCAGCCGAGAAGCUGGCAGAGAAGAACCAAAAGAUGACUUGACAGAAAUUUUCAAGAAAAUACGCAGGAAAAGAGAGUUUCGGCCUGAUCCACGGGCUGUCAUUGCCUUGAUGGAGAUGGGCUUUGAUGAGAGAGAGGUGGUGGACGCGCUCAGAGUGAACAACAACCAGCAGAAUCCAGCGUGUGAGUGGCUGCUGGGAGACCGGAAGCCCACCCCAGAGGACUUAGACAAGGGGAUUGACCCCACCAGUCCCCUCUUCCAGGCCAUCCUAGAAAACCCUGUGGUACAGUUGGGCCUCACAAAUCCUAAAACGCUACUCGCCUUUGAAGAUAUGCUUGAAAACCCUUUAAACAGCACUCAGUGGAUGAAUGAUCCAGAAACUGGGCCUGUCAUGUUACAAAUUUCUCGAAUCUUCCAGACACUGAAUCGCACAUAGGAGGGGGGCGGGGACAAGCCUCCCUGUUGUGUGGCCAUUUGGUGGGACUCUCUUCUUCGCCCUGAAUCUCCAGAAGAGCAAGAGAAGCUAAUUGUUUACUGGGAGAAAGAAAGAAUUGGGUGUUUUCUCUUUGCAUUUUGGGGUAGGCCUGUCACACUCUUCUUUUGUUUGCAGUUUGGGCUUACAUGCUGUGUGAUGAUUUUUUUUCUGUGUUAGUGGAGGAAGGUUUGAAGACUUAGGUGUUUGUUUUCUUUCAAGUGCUUCUAUCGAAACAGAAAAUUAUACAUCCAAAUACAUGAAAAGGCAUGUCCAAUCAUCUAAGAACGUGAUUAUUGAAGAAAUGACAGCAGAAUUCACGUGGCCUCCAAAGCAUAAGCACCAGAAUGUUUGCUUCACCUCACUUAGUUACAUCAGCACUGAAAUACGGAAGCCGCCUUUGGAACCAACCAUUUUGGGAGUUCUGUUUCUAUUCAGUGUGGAAUAAAGAGAACUUGGAAGGGACCUUCCUCACCCCAUCCAGAUGGGCUUGCCCGGCAUUAAGAGCAUAAGAAUCAGUGACACUCUGGCUUUUUGUUUCUGUCUGCAACCCUUCUGAUGCUGGAGGAGAAUUUGGCUGGGAUUCCUUCACUGAGAAUAAAACACACCUCUUGCGUGUGGUGUUUUCUAUUCUAGUUGUUCCCAGAUGAAAGCAUGUGAUGAAAUAAAGCCCCAUUAGCCCUGUGGUCGGGAAUGAUCGUCACUUGAGUCUGCAGCUUUCCAGAGUGUCCUGGCCAGGCAAGGAGGCAUUAAAAUAGUUCUGGGGUGAGCAAGAGAAGGUGGCACUAAAAUGUUUGUAUGGUUUGGUGGUUAGGUGCAGAAGAAAAAAAUGGCCUACGAUAGCUUUUGAUACAAUAACUCUUUUGUGUUAUGAUUACGGUUGGAAACCAACUCCUAUAGUUGGUCUCGACCAGAGAGAGAAAUUAUGCAGCAACAUCUGCCAACCCAAAAUAGCCCCAUAUUAUUUUACUGUCCCUGAAAUGGAGAGUAACACUUUUUGAAAAAGAGGUUCUAACAUGUAUGUCUCAUGGUGUAAUGAAACAGACAAGAUUGGAUGUAGUUUUCUUGCUUUUGCUGACGUGCAGGGCAGGCUUGGGUAUAGCUAAUUCAUGCUCAGCACAUUUGCAAAAGGAAUCGCAGGUUGGUUGUUCACCAGUGGGAGCUUCCAUCUGUUGAACUCCCGGGGCCAGAAGGCUGGGAAGAGGAAGGGAAAGGAAAUGCAGUUAGCUUCAGAGAGCUUUCUCCAGGGUGCCAGGGAAUGGAAACUUUAAAGGAUUAAAGUAACUUAUUUUGGAAA